GACUCCGUCACGUCGUCGCCCGACCCUUGCCGCUGUGUCUCCCAUGGCGGAUUCGGACUCCAACUCCGUAGAUCGAGAUUAUGCUGAGAUAGUCGUGGUUCGUCACGGAGAAACAUCCUGGAAUGCGGAGCGAAGAAUCCAGGGUCAUUUGGAUGUUGAGUUGAAUGAUGCCGGGAGACAACAAGCGGCUAGAGUAGCCGAGCGAUUAUCCAAAGAGCCCAAGAUAUCAUUCGUGUAUUCCUCUGACCUGAAGAGAGCCCUUGUAACAGCAGAGAUAAUUGCAGCUAGGUGCGGCGGGCUUGAGGUUGUGACUGAUCCCGAUUUACGGGAGAGGCAUUUGGGAGAUAUGCAAGGGGUUGUCUAUCAAGAUGUUCCCAGAAUGUUCCCAGAGGCUCACAAGGCCUUUCUAUCUCAUCGCACAGAUGUUGAAAUUCCAGGUGGCGGAGAAAGUCUUGACACACUUUAUGAUCGAUGCACAUCUGCAUUACAGAGAAUAGGCGACAAACAUAAAGGACAAAGGGUAGUAGUGGUGACUCAUGGAGGUGUGAUUAGAGCAUUGUAUGAAAGAGCUCGGCCUGAUGGAAGGAACGCAGGGAAGGUAAUGAACACAUCAGUAAACGUGUUCCGCUUAUACGAGGGAGAGAAAUGGGCAAUUCAAGUGUGGGGAGAUGUUAGCCAUCUGGACCAGACCGGGUUCCUACAGUCAGGCUUUGGUGGUGAUAGAACCUCUGGCUAGUCCUACACCAAAAGUCUGCAAACUCUGGAUUUUGCCGUUAUUUCGCGGGCAAGGUGUGUUUUUUUUUCUCGUUCUUUUGUUCUCAAGGGCAAGGAAUGCAUCUAUAUAAUACCAUUUCUAUUAAUACAGUUGAGCAGAAUGAUAGUCGACAUCGAAAUUUGUAUGAAUAAGGUAAUACAUUGCGAGUUGUAGAUAGAUUACAUGGAAAGAUCUCAACUUGUCUACAUGGGUUCUCUC